AUGACUUCUUCGCCGAAAUUUGAGAUACCUGCCUCUUCGGCAACCGUCCAAGUGAGGGUCAUCGACAGUACCAGCGACAUAUACGGGCCGAUGAAUACAAUGAUCGACUCACCCAUCAAAGGGCACGAGUUCAUCCAAUGCCCGUCGUUUUCCUUCUUGGUGGAGCAUGUUUCUGGCCGCAAGGUUCUGUUUGAUCUUGGGCUUCGCAAGGAUUGGGACAAUCUAGCCCCUGUCGUGGUCAGCCAUCUGAAGAAAGACGGGUGGAAGCUAUCGGUAGAGAAGGGAGUCCAUGAGGUGCUCGAAGACCAUGGGGUAGACAGGAGUGAUGUCGAAGCAAUCAUCUGGAGCCACUGGCAUUACGAUCACACCGGAGACCCCUCGGCUUUCCCACCCUCUACCGCCCUGGUUGUUGGGCCUGGGUUCAAAGACAUGUUCAUGCCAGGCUACCCAGCCAAUGAGGAUUCGCCUGUCCUGGAGAGCGAUUUCGCUGGAAGAGAAGUCAAGGAACUCGCUUUUCCCGAAGGUGGACCCAAGAUCAGCAACUUCAGCGCCAUUGAUUACUUCGGAGACGGUAGCUUUUACGUUCUCGACGGGCCUGGUCAUACGAUAGGCCAUGUGUGCGCGCUUGCUCGGGUAACGUCGUGUCCAGAUUCAUUCAUCUUCAUGGGUGGCGACUGCUGCCACCACGCCGGUGAAAUCAGACCAUCAACCUACUUGCCUCUGCCUGCUUCCAUCACGCCAAACCCGCUGUCAAUACGCGGGACGGGGCCUUGCCCGGGUGCCAUAUUUGAACACCUGCUUAGAAACGGAGACAGGGAGAAGCCCUUUUACGGCCAGCUGCGACCAGGCUUGCUUUUUAGCGAUCCAGACGUGGCCGAGCAGACAAUCGAAAAGGUUCAAGAGGCUGAUGCAAGCAAGGCCAUCAUGGUCAUAAUAGCCCAUGACACGCAUCUUGCUGGCGUCAUCGACUUUUUCCCGAAGUAUGCAACCGAUUUCAUGGCGAAGGGGUGGCUCGAAAAGACUCGUUGGGCAUUCUUGAAGGACUUUUCCGCUGCCCUCUCGUCGAAAGAUAGUAGGAUGUAA